AUGGACUCCAUGUUCGAGGACGACAUCAGUAUCCUGACGCAGGAGGCGCUGGGGCCGGACGAGGACUGGCUCGACAGCCCCAACACCGACCUCUCGGGAGAGAUGUGCUCGGCCUCCCACUUUGCCCUCAUCACUGCCUACGACGACAUCAAGAACCGGCUGACGGGCUUGGAGAGGGAGAACUCCACGCUCAAGCGCCGGCUCAAGAUGUACGAGGUCAAGUACCCGCUGAUCGGCGAGUUCGGGGAAGAGCACAUCUUCUCCCUCUACGAGGCCAAGGAGACGUCACUGCUCAAGAGCGAGAAGGCGUCGCUGCAGCAGCAGCUCAACCAGUUCCAGCACGAGCUGCAGAAAAGCAAAGAGCGGGAAGAGCAGCUGGAGGAGAUGAUCCAGGCCUACGAGAAGCUGUGCGUGGAGAAAGCUGACCUGGAGACCGAGCUGGGCGAGAUGCGGGCGCUGGUGGAGACGCACCUGAGCCACAUCCGGAGCCUGGAGCAGCAGCUACGGCAGCGCGACGCCGGCACCUUCCCCGGGCUGGGUGCUCCGUUGCCGGGCCAGGACGUGCCUUUCCUCGCCCUGCACCCCAACCCUGGCUUGACCCACGUGCUGGAACGUGCCGGGGGCUGGCAGAGCCGGGGGCUGGAGGCGACGGGGCGGCUGGAGGCCGAAUUGGAGGCGGCACGGCAGGAGACCCAGCGCGCCCAGCACCGCGAGGAGCAUCUCAAGGCUGAGUGCGAGCGGCUGCAGGCGGAGCUGAAGCACCUGCAGGACACCAGGGAGCAGACACGGGGUGGCCACGAGUCCAGUGUCCGGCACCGUACAGACUGCGCGGUGCCAUCUCGGGUGAACCUGGCGCUGGCCUACACGGAGCUGACGGAGGAGCUGUGCCGCCUGAGGAACCUCAGCUCCCUGCAGAGCCAGAUCCUCCGCGCCCUGCUGCAGGAGAAGAGCCUCAACGGUGGCCAACGCCACUCCCCACUCUCCCAGUGCCAUUCCCCAGCCCAGCAGCGUCGCUCGCCCGCCCCGCAGUGCCCCUCGCCCGCUCCGCCGGGGCGUUCGCCAGCACCCCAGUGCCAGUCGCCAGCGCUGCAACGGCGUUCGCCGGGACCCCCCAGCCAGUCGCCGGCCCAGCACCCCUCCAGCCAGUCGCCCGCCCAGCAGCGCCGGUCCCCAGCCCCGCCACCCUGCCCGUCCCCGGCCUCGGCGUCACCGCACCGGCUGCCCGGCGAGAGGAUGGAGCUGGGUUACGCCAAACCCUCCAGCCGCCACAUCAAAGCCGGCUUCCAGGGUCGUCGCAGCUACUCGGAGGUGAGCAACGUGGCCCUGUACCAGCAGAGCCGCUCGCUCUGGCUCCAGCCCGAAGCCUCGACGCUUCCCAAGCACCGGCCCUACGGCGAGGUGUACCUGGGGGGCACGGGGUCCCCGCUGAGCGCCCGCGAGCCCUUCGAGGAGCACGUGCGCUUCGAGAAGCAAUCGUCGGAUGAAGAGGAGUGGGCCUUGCCCAGUCCCCCCAGCCCCGAAGCGGGGGCUAUCCGCUGCGCCUCCUUCUGCGCCGGCUUCCCCGACGCCGAUGCCGUGCACCGGACGGCCGCUGCCUACGCCCGGGCAGAGCACGCUCAGUCCUGGCCCUCGAUCAACCUGCUGCUGGAGACGGUGGACUCGGAGGUGCGGAGCUGCCCGCUGUGCCAGCUGGCUUUCCCCAUCGGCUACCCGGACGAUGCCCUGGUGAAGCACAUCGACUCGCACCUGGAGAACAGCAAGAUCUGA